AUGUUCUCUAAAAUGGUAUCCAAGCUGACAUCCCUGCAGCAGGAGCUCCUCAGCGCCCUGCUGGACUCAGGAGUUACCAGAGAUGUUCUGAUCCAGGCUCUGGAUGAUAUGGACCCCAGCCCGCCGGGUUUUGGAGUAAAACUGGAGAGCCUUCCUAUGUCCCCCGCGCCUCCUCAGAGCGGCAAGAUGAACGGCACGGAUGUCGACUCGAAGCCCGUCUUCCACACUCUCACCAACGGCCACAGCAAGGGCAAGCUGUCCGGGGACGAGGGCUCCGAGGACGGGGACGACUUCGACACCCCACCGAUACUGAAGGAGCUCCAGUCGCUUAACACGGAGGAGGCCGCGGAGCAGAGGGCGGAGGUGGACCGCAUGUUGGCAGAGGAUCCAUGGCGUGCUGCCCGCAUGAUCAAAGGUUACAUGCAGCAGCACAACAUCCCCCAACGGGAGGUGGUGGACGUCACAGGGCUGAACCAGUCUCACCUCUCCCAGCACCUCAACAAAGGCACGCCCAUGAAAACACAGAAGCGAGCGGCCCUCUACACCUGGUAUGUCAGGAAACAGCGGGAAAUUCUCCAACAGUUCAACCAGGCAGUGCAAGGCUCUGGCUGCAACAUGACAGACAAAGGCAAUCAGGAUCCGGUGUUUUUUUUCCCAGAGUUUAACCCGUCCGGUCAGGGCAUGGGUCAGCCUGGUGAAGAGGUCGGCAGCGAACCCUCCUGCAAGAAAAUGAGACGUAACCGUUUCAAAUGGGGGCCUGCGUCACAGCAAAUCCUGUACCAGGCCUAUGAACGGCAGAAGAACCCCAGCAAGGAGGAGCGGGAAGCUUUGGUAGAAGAGUGCAACAGAGCCGAGUGCCUCCAGAGAGGCGUGUCCCCCUCCAAAGCUCAGGGCCUCGGCUCUAACCUGGUCACCGAAGUGCGAGUCUAUAACUGGUUUGCUAACCGGCGUAAAGAGGAAGCCUUCAGGCAGAAGUUGGCCAUGGACGCCAUCACCGUACCGCCCCACAGCAUGAACUCUCUGCUGUCACACAGCUCACCCCAUCAUCCCCAGACCAGCAUUUCACCUCCCAUGCGUUACAGCCAAGGCCCCGGUGAGGUCACCUCCUCCACGACCAUCAGUCACCACAGUAGCAACGGGAUGGUGACCAGCCAGUCGGUGCUCCAGCAGGUGUCUCCGGGAGGAUUGGACCACAGCCACAGUCUGCUGUCACCUGACGUCAAGAUGAUUUCAGGUUCAGGUGGAGGACUUCCUCCGGUCAGCACACUGACCAACAUCCACAGCUCCCAUCACAGCCACCAGCAGGCACAGAACCUCAUCAUGCCUCUCUCUGGAGUUAUGGCCAUAGCACAGAGUUUGAACUCAUCGCAAUCUCAGUCGGUGCCAGUGAUCAACAGCGUGGCGGGCAGCCUCGCAGCGCUGCAGCCGGUGCAGUUUUCCCAGCAGCUCCACAGUCCCCACCAUCAGAGCCUGAUGCAGCAGUCCCCCAGCCACAUGAGCCAGCAGCCAUUCAUGGCUGUCACACACUCGCACAUGUAUUCUCACAAGCAAGAGCCCCCGCAAUAUUCCCACCCGUCACGUUUCCCCUCGGCCAUGGUGGUCACAGACGCCAACAGCCUCAGUACCCUCAGCUCCAUGUCGUCAGGCAAAACGGACGCUUCUGUAAACAAGAUGGUGCAACUUGGGGGUCUCUCCUGGUGUCCUCUUCAAGCUUGGUGA